GUCGCUCUGGUCUCUGUCACUCUCUAUGGUAGAUGGAACUGCUGCCGGGGUACUCUAUGGUUUCCUGAACGUCUCUAUGGUCUCAGGUCCGCCGCUGAGUUCGGUCUGAGGAGAGGAUGAAGAAGGAAUGGGGAGGGUGGGACUCGGUAUAACAGCUGAUACCGGCAUGGAGGAGGGCGUGUGAGCCGAGGGAGGUUAGACUUGUGAAUGACCAUUGGGACACGAGAAACCAUGGUGGAGCCAGCACCAGCGAAACUCAAAGACCAGACAGCAGCCUUAAAAGGAAACGGUGGUAGCACUCUGUGUGUGAUCACAGAAGGUGUAGGGGAGCUAUCUUUAGUCAUAGACCCCGAUGUGGCUCAGAGAGCCUGCCAAGAUGUGUUGGAGAAGGUUAAACUCAUGCAUGGGUCUUCUGUGGAGAGUCUUGACAGGAUGGAGGGUAGUGAUGUUGGCGAUGGUGGUGAACUUGCUAAUGGAGACACUAGAGUGAAGGUGGUGGAUCCAGCCCCUGCUGUCACCACCUCUCGCAUCAAUGAAGAGGAUGAGGCAUUGAUGGACAUUAACAGUGUGAAAAACGCCCGGAGAAGACAGAAGAACAAUUCUGGCAAGCAAUCGUGGCUCUUGCGCUUGUUCGAGUGCAAGUUAUUCGACAUUUCUAUGGCCAUUUCAUAUCUGUACAACUCAAAGGAGCCAGGCGUGCAGGCCUACAUUGGCAACCGUCUCUUCUAUUUCAGAAAUGAAGAUGUGGACUUCUUCCUGCCGCAGCUUCUGAACAUGUACAUUAAUAUGGACGAGGACGUGGGAGAUGCUAUAAAGCCAUACGUUGUUCACAGAUGCCGGCAGAGCAUUAACUUUUCUUUGCAGUGCGCUUGGCUCCUUGGAGCCUAUUCCUCCGACAUGCACAUUUCCACACAGCGUCACUCACGUGGCACUAAACUGCGUAAGCUCAUCUUGUCUGAUGAGCUCAAGCCAGCCCACAAAAAGCGAGAACUACCACCUCUAAGCCUGGCUCCUGACACUGGUCUAUCUCCAUCCAAGCGGACACAUCAGAGGUCCAAGUCAGAUGCUACUGUGAGUAUCAGCCUCAGCAGCAAUUUGAAGAGGACGGCCAGCAACCCGAAGGUGGAGAAUGAUGAGGAGGAGCUCUCGUCCAGUGAGGAAAGUCUCGAUAGGUCCUUCUCCUCCCCGGUCCGGCUAGCACCAGAGAGGGAGUUCAUCAAGUCUCUCAUGGCCAUUGGUAAACGUCUGGCAACACUCCCCACCAAGGAGCAAAAGACCCAACGGCUCAUCUCCGAGCUGUCUCUCCUUAACCACAAGCUACCAGCACGUGUCUGGCUGCCCACUGCUGGCUUUGACCACCAUGUGGUUCGUGUCCCUCACACACAGGCUGUAGUCUUGAACUCCAAAGACAAGGCUCCAUAUUUGAUCUAUGUGGAGGUCCUGGAGUGUGAGAACUUUGAGACAUCUGUGGUGCCAGUACGGAUCCCAGAGAACCGAAUUCGGAGCACGCGGUCUGUAGAGAACCUCCCAGAUUGUGGCAUGACUCACGAACAGAGAGCCAGCAGCUUCACUACAGUCCCAAAUUAUGAUAAUGAUGAUGAGGCCUGGUCUGUAGAUGACAUUGGCGACCUGCAGGUAGAGUUGCCAGAAGUUCAUACCAACAGUUGUGACAACAUCUCCCAGUUUUCUGUGGACAGCAUUACCAGCCAAGAAAGUAAAGAGCCAGUUUUCAUCGCAGCCGGGGACAUCCGGAGGAGACUUUCAGAGCAAUUGGCACAUACACCUACAACCUUCCGCAGAGACCCAGAAGACCCCUCUGCUGUGGCUUUAAAAGAACCAUGGCAGGAGAAAGUAAGGAGAAUAAGAGAGGGCUCCCCCUAUGGUCACUUUCCAAACUGGAGACUCUUGUCUGUAAUCGUCAAGUGCGGGGAUGAUCUCCGCCAGGAACUAUUAGCCUUCCAAGUCCUCAAACAGCUGCAGUCUGUCUGGGAAACUGAGCGUGUUCCACUAUGGAUCAGACCGUACAAGAUCUUGGUCAUCUCUGCAGACAGUGGAAUGAUUGAGCCUGUGGUAAACGCGGUGUCCAUUCACCAGGUUAAAAAGCAGUCACAGCUCUCUCUGCUGGAUUACUUCCUACAAGAACAUGGGAGCUACACCACGGAGGCUUUCCUCACUGCUCAGAGAAACUUUGUGCAGAGUUGCGCAGGAUACUGCCUGGUCUGCUACCUGCUGCAAGUAAAGGACAGGCAUAAUGGAAACAUCCUACUGGAUGCUGAGGGUCACAUCAUCCAUAUAGAUUUUGGCUUCAUUCUCUCCAGCUCGCCUCGGAACCUUGGCUUUGAAACUUCAGCCUUUAAAUUAACAUCUGAAUUUGUGGAUGUGAUGGGAGGUCUGAAUGGAGACAUGUUCAAUUAUUACAAAAUGCUGAUGCUCCAGGGUCUAAUUGCUGCUCGCAAGCAUAUGGAUAGAGUGAUCCAGGUUGUAGAGAUCAUGCAGCAAGGUUCUCAAUUGCCUUGUUUCCACGGUUCCAGCACAAUUCGGAACUUGAAGGAACGUUUCCACAUGAACAUGACGGAGGAGCAACUCCAGGUUCUGGUGGAGCAGAUGGUAGAUGGGAGCAUGCGAUCUAUCACCACCAAACUUUACGACGGUUUCCAGUAUUUGACCAAUGGCAUCAUGUGAUCUGAGCAUGUAUCUCAAGGAAUGACCAUACCCCCACUUCUGGCAAGGGGGAAGAGUGGAUCAGAUAGUUACUGUAUCUGUUUAGCUGGACACCAGCGGCUGGAGGAACAGAGACGGGAGGCGUACUCAGCCCUUGUGUAAAGAAUCAUGGUUUAAACACGAACAUGUCUUACAGAGGGUGGGCACUAAGCUGUCUUGCACCUCUCUAGGAUCACUGAAUAUUCACAAGCUUCAGAGACCACUAUUCAGACAAAAACCCCAAUUCAGUAUUUCUAUUCAAAUCAUCAGUGUUCAGCGGGUUUUUCAAAUUUUUCAUUGUCCCUUGCACACUUUUUAUUUUUAUUUUUUUCCCCCUCUUAUAUCCUUGUUCUUUAUGCACAGUAAUCAUUUUUUUGGUUGUACAAAAAGACUUCUGUCUGUACAUGUGUUCUAAAUGUCUAGAUAUGGCCUUUAGCAGAGGGUGGAAGGAGGACGUGUCCCACUGUCUAUAGCUGUCUACUUGGCCCCACUGUCCUUUCAUGCUGCUAUAGGGAGAAUUAAUCUCUUAUCAGUUCCUAUUCUGAGAACAAUCUGUAGUUGCAUUAUCUGUGUGUUUAUGUAAAACACUUCGACAUUGGCUGUGUUUUCCUAAAGAAGCAACGCUUUGAGUUGUUGUAUCUUCCCCCCCCCCCCCCCCGUUCUUAUUGUUGAUUAUGGAAAACCAAAUUGAUUGACCAAUCACUAGGGUCAUAUUGAUGACAAAGCAAAGCUUACAUCACUUCUGAGAAAACUCAUUCCCUCCCCAUUGUAAUUACUAGCAUUUUCUUUCCUUUUUUUUCUGUAUUUGAAAAACUCUAAUGUUUUCGUAUUUAAUGCUUUUAUGAGAAACAUAAUAAUUGAUCCAUCCAUGUUUUUUUUUUUUUUUUUUUAUAUAACCAUUUUCCCAUAUUUUCUUGUCGGAAUAUUCUUUCACUUUCCCCAAUCUCCACGAACCGUGAAAAGUGAUAAAGGGUUAUGUUUCUGUAUAGAGUCCUGGCUAUUUUAGGGGGGCCAGCGGGAAUCACUGACACUAUUACAUGUCUUGAUAAUCUGUUGCAGAGCAACAAAAUGCCAUCCAAAUUUUAGUACUCCUUGAUAGCAAACAACCCUCCCCUAGCCCCCAGAGGAGGUAAACUGGGGAACAUUGCUUAAAGGGGGAGAAGUAUUGUUUGUUUAGGGGGAUGGGGGGGCUUUUUAGCAGACAGAGAAGUCUUGAAUGCUUUCAUGUGUACUUUGUAUUAAAAUAAGAUAAUCCAAUUGUUC